AUGGCAGUCAAUCUCACACUGACAGCUAGAAGCACACUGGCAGCUUUGCCCACUGGCAGCCAUUCUCACACUGGCAGCCACGCUCACACUGGCAGCCAAGUGCACAUUGGCAGCGAAUCUCACACUGGCAGCUUGGGGCACACUGGCAGCCAAGCUCACACUGGCAGCUUAUCCCACACUGGCAGCCACGCUCACACUGACAGCCAAGUACACACUGGCAGCUUGGGGCACACUGGCAGCAAAGUGCACACUGGCAGCCAACUGCACACUAGCAGCUUGGGACACCCUGGCAGCUUAACUCACACUUGCAGCUUAGCCUACACUGGCAGCUUAUCCCACAUUGGCAGCCAAGUGCACACUGGCAGCCAACUACACACUGGCAGCCAAGUGCACACUGGCAGUCAAGUGCACACUGGCAGCCAAGCCCACACUGGCAGCCACGCUCACACUGGCAGCCAAGUGCACACUUGCAGCCAAUCUCACACUGGCAGCUAG